GUUGCUAAAAAAUGGCCCACUUCUCUAGCCUUUUCCCUCCUAUAAAUCCCCUCCAUUCCUCAUGCUGUCCUUCCCCACCCUCUUCAGCAAUAUUCUCAGCACAACCCUCCUUCAAUUCAAGCAAAUAUCAUCGUUCAAGCAAUAUCAUCGAUCUUCGAAGUUUGAACCAUGCUUCCAGCUGAGAUCACAGGAACCCAGAUUCCAAUUCCCACCAACUUUGGCAUGAUCCAGACCAACACACCAGACUUUUAUUUCAAUAGAUUCUUAGCCAACUUAGCCAACUCACCCAACUCACCCAACUCUCACUUCCCAACUCCACAGUACUGCAGUAUAAGCAACAACUCAAGCACUUCUGAUGAAGCUGAGGAGCACCAACUGAGCAUCAUCGACGAAAGGAAGCAGCGGAGAAUGAUUUCCAAUAGAGAAUCUGCUCGCAGAUCACGGAUGAGGAAACAAAAGCACCUUGAUGAACUCUGGUCGCAGGUGCUUAGGCUUCGAACAGAGAACCACAAUUUGAUUGACAAAUUGAACCAUGUAACUGAGUGCCACGACCGGGUUCUUCAGGAGAAUGCAAGACUCAAGGAAGAAGCUUCUGAUCUUCGCCAAAUGCUUACAGACCUGCAAAUUGGCAGUCCCUACGACACUACCACUUUCAGAGAUUUGGAAGAGGUCGACGUCCCUUGCAACGCAGCUCAUCUCAGAGCUGAAACCUCGAGCCAAUCCAUCUCUAAUUCUGUAGACUUGCUUCAUUAAUUAAGAUAUAUGUAAUGGGGGGUCUCUCUUUUUUCCACAAUAAUUGUAAGUACUCUAUGUUCCGUUCCUCAUGUCUACUGUGGUUGUCAGACAGUCUUUUGCCAUCACCUUGAGCUGUACGUGUGUGCGCGAAGACAGACCUUCCAAUAACAUCAUGGUUAAUUCCCUAACAUUUACGUUAUAAUCAAUACUUUAACACAACUGAUGUAGCGCUUCUCGCCGCAUAUAUGUCAUGCAGCUGGUUGAGCAGAAUUCCUGAAAAUGAUAUUUUCGUGAAGUAGUACCAUAUCAAAGGCUGAAUAAUUGAUUAAUGAAUCAGAAAUGGCAAUGGUACACACAAUCGUCUAUAUCCAUACUAUAAGAGCUAGCUAGGCAGUAGCAUAUUUUUUCAUUAGGGGAGAAGAAUUAACAAGCAGAUGGUGGGCGACCCAUGUGGCCGGGAAUAGGCUCGAGUCACGCUGAAACUCGGUCCCAUGGGCAGUUUAUGUUGCAUAAGAAUAAAAGAGGGCCAACAGGACAAAUGGUGGUGGAGGUGCUGGUGUUAGUGGCCUCAUCAUUCAAAAAACUACUAUAACAAGCAGAACAUUUGAAAAGGCUAUCCACUAAAACACCCAAGAGCUUGUCUCCUUUUUUUAGCCUUUUGUGAGGACAUCAAUGCCUGCCCUGACCCGGGUUCAGCCAAGCUCUCACACUGUUCUCCCCAACUUGGAUCACGUUUCAGGUGUUCUAGAACAGUGUCCGCCUCCACAAUUCCUUAUGCUUCUGCAUCAGCAAGCCCCCACGAAUGCCUCCUCUCCCACCCUUUUUCGACCCCUUUCAUGCGCAUGUACGAAUUAAGAUUUCCUCAAAUUUUUUGCCCGAAUUUGAUAGAAUUCGGGCAGGUAGUUGUGAGUGAGCAUUUAUGAGACCCACCUGACCAAAUCUGCCCAACUGUUUAUCCGGUCAGGUGAAUCUCAUAAAUGCUUAUUCACAACAACCUGCCCGAAUUGUAUCAAAUUCGGACAAAAAAUUUGAGGGGAUCCUGAUCCGCAUGUACGGGUACCGAGUCUAUUGACAUGUAUAUUUUACAUAUUUAUAAAAUAUUGCGCAAAAGCAUGAAAAUUUGUUUC